GAGGUGCGUGCAUCGCGUCGUGUUUUGUUGUGUUGUUCGCUUCGAAUGGAAUUUCGAAAUUUUGAAUUGAAAUUAAAUUAAAAAUCGAACCGCGCGCUUUUCCCCCGUCUGCCACACCACACCUCCCCAUCUCAUCUAUUAUUGCGAGAAUGCUCUGAAUUUUUCAUUGAAUUUUUUUUUGCUGUUUUUCUACGUUUUUUUGUGUGAAAAUGUUUUUGAAUCUUGUGCAGAUUCGGUUCUGCCUGGGCAGACGGUUCUUGGAUGGUAUUCUGACAUCCUAGGCAACACCUAAAAAUCCCGCAGAGAGAUUUAAAUACCCUAAAUACUGAUCCCGAUCAGAACUGAUCAGAAAAUAAUGAAAUUGUGGAAAUCGAAGAAGCCCAUCGGGGGUUGUGUGCCCGGCAAAUCCUCGGCCCUCAAACAGGAGCAGGAGCUCCAUCAUCAUCAUCAUCAUCCACAUGCACAUCCCCAGCAACUGCAGCAGCAUCCGCAGGCCGAGAGCAAUGGAAUUGCAUUGGCGCCUAUGUUAUCCGUUGAUCGUGCCAUGAGCCCAGCACAGUCGGAGGACUCGGGAUUGGCACCGGAACGUGGCACCACCUAUGCCACCAUCACGCUGCCACGCAAUGCCCUCCAUCUGGCCAUCACAUUUGCAGAACGUAACGAUCUUUCGUAUCCGCCCGUUGUGGGUGCCCUCAAUCCGGUGGGGCAUGCGGCGGACUUUCUGGCACCUGGCGACCGCCUGCACCAGAUCGAUGGCAUCUCCACCAUCGGCCUGAGCAAUCAGAAGGUGAUGAAUAUGCUCUGUGCCGAUGUCGGUGGCAGCGGAGGAGGAGGAGGAGGAGGUCCUGCCAUCGUUGAGAUUGAGUACUCGCUGCUGGAAUACACAGUUUCCCAGAACAGUCUCUGUGUAUCCUCGAAACUGGCACAGAUCACCGUCGAGCGGGAGAGCGGCUGCCUGGGUCUGACGCUGCGCGGUGGUGCCGACUAUCCGCUGAUUGUGACCCAUGUGCGUCCCCAUGGACCUGUCUACAAAGCGGGACGCAUCAAGCCCGGCGAUCGUUUGCUUCGUGUGGAUAAUAUCUCGCUGAUUGGCAAGACGCUGGCGGAGGCCCAGCAGAUCAUCAAGUGCGGCGGCGUUCAUGUGUCCGGCGGCUACACCAAUCUGACCAUCGAAUACGAUGUGUCCGUUGUCCAGAGCGUCGAAUUCUCCAUGGGCCCCCUGCUCAUCGAGAUCGAGCGUCCCAUGAACGACAAGCUGGGCCUUGUGCUCUGCAACUAUACCGCUGCAAUGGCAGCGACGGGUUCCUCCUCCGUCUCUGGCUCUGGCUCGAGUACACCCUCCAGUGGGGGCGGCGGCGGCUGUGGCGAGAAGAUGGAGGAUCUGGUGAUGGUGGUCACCCAGCCGGGUGUCUAUAUAGCGAGCAUACUGCCCGCCAGCAUUGCCGAUCGAUGCGGCGCCUUAUCCGUUGGCGAUCAGGUGCUCUCCAUCGACGACACCAUGAUCGAGCAUUCGGCCUACAGUCCCGACGAGGUGAUGACCAUAUUGGACACCAGCUCAGGACGGGGCUACACGCAAAUGCAGAUCAUGCCCGCUCACGCUCUGGCCCGACGCGGCCACACGGCGCUGGGGAGUCCAAAGUACAGCUUCAGCACGCUGGAGUCGCGCAAGUCCACAUCCGCGUCCGCAUCGACGGGCAGGCAGCGUCAGCGCUUUGCCAGAAAGAGCUCUCUGCCGCUGGAGGGACUGCCAAUGGCUGUCGCAGCUGGAGGAGGAGGAGCAGCAGCAGCAGGAGGAGGAGGAACAGGCCAUGCCAGCAGCAGCCUGGGCUUGUGCCGAGCGGAGAGCUUUCCCGUGCUUCUGGAUUGCAGCCAGGGUGCUGGCAUAGUGCUCGGUGUUGGUGGGGAUGCCAGCCAGGGUGGAUGCGGUGGAGCGAUGACUAUUGGCCAGAUUCUGGCCGAUUCGGUGGCCGAUCGCAGUGGCUGCAUUCAGGUGGGCGACCGGAUCGUGGCCAUCAACAAAAUGUACAGCCUGGAUGCGAUGGCCAUGCAACAGCUGCUGGAAGGAGGCGGCUCCUUGCGACACACUUCCAAUGGGAAUGGGAAUGGGAAUGGGCAUGGGAAUGGGCAUGGCUCCAAUGGGAACAUCAGCAACAUGAAUGCCCCGGCCAAUUGGCUGGAGCUGGAGAUCGAGUUCGAUAUGCCCGACGCCGUGGUGCCAUCCAGCGGUGUGUUCAAUGUGAAGCUGCUGCGCGCCGGCAAGUGUGGGCUGGGCCUGAGCGUGAGCGGCUCCAGCCAUGGCGGCCUGGUCAUCUCCGACGUGAAGAUGGGCAGUCCCGCCCAUCGCAGUGGCUCUCUGAGGGCGGGCGACAUACUGCUGGCCGUGGAUCAGCAUCCGGUGCAGCACUUCAAUGUGGAUUCCCUGCUCAAGGACUCACAGCCGACACAGCAGCAGCAGCAGUCGAGCAGCAGUCCACCCCUGAGUCCCAGCAGCGGCACGGGCGCUGACUUUACCACGCUGACCAUCAAGCGGGUGGUGCUGCCCGACUUCCUGCCGAUGGCCAGCAGUCCCAUCUACAGCAACUGCCCGGCGGGUGGCAUGACGGAGCACGAUCUGUACAGCAGUGCCUAUGUGACGGCCGGCAAAUAUGCGGACUGCAUCUCCCUGAAGUCACGCACACCACAGCCGGAGUACUUUCGCCUGCCCAUGCAGCAGCAGCAGCAGCAACAGCAGCAGCAGCAGCAGCUGGAGGAUCAGUCGUCGUCGGUGCAGAUGAGGCAUGUGGUGGGUGGUGGCUCGUUUAGCCGCUCGUUUGUGGGUGGGGCUGGUGCAGCCAAUACGCAGAGCUUGACCACCGAACUGCCCGAGGAGGAGGACGAACAGGACGAGGAAGAGCACGAGCAGCUCUACACGGGCUACGAACUGAAUCGCUAUGCCAGCGUGGAUUGCACGGCUUUGCCGCCGCCCAUGGAGAGCAAGGUGUACGGCUCGGCGGCCAGUUCGAGCAGCAAGAGCAGCGGCAGCAGCCUGCAUCAGAUCAUCUUCACCGUUCGGCUGGAGCCAAAGGGCGGCCUGCUGGGCAUCACACUGGCGGGCAGCGAGGAUAUCACCAAACCGAUCACCAUCAGUGGCCUCGUGGAGGGUGGCAUUGGCCAUAAGAACGGACAGAUUCAUGUGGGCGAUCAGCUGCUGGCCAUCGACGAGCACUCGGUGCAGGGUAUGCCGCUGUCGCAUGCCACCAGCCUGCUGCAGAACUUGGGCGACUUGGUCGACCUCAAGAUACUGCGCAGCCAUGCGGAUUUGGCCAACGGCAGCCACCAUCUGCCACAGACGCAGGCCAUCUACGCAAAGGUGCAACGCAGGCCGCGCAGCCCCAGCAAGGAGUCAACCUGCAAUGGGAAUGGGAACCUGAAUGGCAGUGCCAAUGGCAGUGCGAAUGGCAGCACGAAUGGCAGCAGUGCGAAUGGGAUUGGGAAUGGGAAUGGGCAUGGAGGUGGAGGUGGAAAUCAGCGCAUUUUCCAUGUGACGCUGUACAAGGACAAGGUAUACGAUGACUAUGGCUUCUCCGUCUCCGAUGGCCUGUACGAGCGCGGAGUCUUCAUCAAUCGCAUACGCAGCGGUGGCCCCGCGGAUAUGUGCGGCCAGCUGAAGCCCUUUGAUCGCAUCAUGCAGGUGAACGAGAUGAAGACGCAGGACUUUGAUUGCUGUCUGACAGUGCCGCUGAUAGCCGCCGCCGGUGACAAAAUCGAGAUGAUUAUGCAGCGAACCGAGUGACGCCCCGCCCUGGACCCACGCGUCGCGUCGCAUCGUAUCGGCCCCUGUUAAACUAGUUGUAUGCUAAGCUAAUCCUAAGUGCCAUCCGCAUAACCACCACAAAACCACCAAACCAAACCAAACGAGAGCUCACCCGAGAAGCUUAUCCCAACGAGAACGGAGAACGGAGAAGGGGAGAAGGAGAACGAACCAAACGGCUGCCUUGAGAACAACACCUUUACCGACAAUAAUGAGCAUCAGAAUAUAUCAUGAUUCAUGAAUCGAAUCGUAUCGUAUACCUACCGCUACAUCGCUUGCCUUUCCGCAUAUAUCGUACACCGUACACCGUAUAUCGUAUAUCGUAUCGUAUAUUUAGAUCUUUAUUUAGGCUCUGCCAUAACCAAAUAAUGCCCUCUUAAGGUAGUUCUGCCAUAAUUAUACUUUAAUUCUAUCUCUAAACUUGUUUUCUAGCGUAAAUAAAUAAUCUUACUGAAAGUUUGUUCGAAACUA